CUUUACGAGUAAAUACCUACAAGAACAUUAACAAUGGGAGUAAAAAUUGCAGCCAUAUGUCUGGUUCUGGUGAUUUUCAUAUUCCAAGAGGCGGAAUUAAAAAGUAUGAGGGUCCCGAGACAAGUCACAUCUGAUUUUCAAAACACAGUUGAUAACACAGUGAACGCAACCGAUGAUUCCGAAGCUGUUAACCUGGGGUCGGUCGUUACUGGUAUAAUAGUGAGCGAGACUUUAUGUUCCGAUUGUCAAGGAAAAGAUUAGAAACAUCUAGCGAAACAGCGACUUGGAAAUAACAAACAACACUCGA